GACUCUCGUUGAAAUGUUUGAGCGGUGAGUGUCAGCGAGGAGGAAGCGGGUUUCAAGCGUUAGUCUGGUUAAUGCUUUGCUGAAUAAGCUGUUGGAUAAUUAUUAGGUCUGAUUUUAGCUUGUAAAUAUAUCAUGUACCUGUGAGAACAUGUGCGGGGCAGCUAGAGUGAGGCUAGGAGAAACUAGCAUAGCUAGCUUGGUGGGCUGUUUAGCCCUAUGGUAAGAUACCUUUCUUCCUCGCUUCGAGACGGUUGGAAAUGUUCACAUGGCACACAGAAAGGAAGUAUUUAAAUCAAAAGUUCUGCAGAAGCUCUAUCCUGCAAUAACCACUCCGGGGAAGGAACAAAACCUACCAGCCAUCGCAGGGGAGCAGGCCACAACAGCUGGUGUGAAAAGAAAAUCAUUUAAAAAAGAUGGUGCAUUUGGAGACGCAGGGAAGCCACAAAAUGCUGCCGGUACAUGCCGGCGGAUGUACACCGUCCUACCUCCUCCGCCAGGCUAUAAUGUACAUUCAGAGAAAUCUGUCACACUUCCCGAGCUUGAAAGCAUAAACAGUGCCGAAGAUCCUGCUGAGGAAAGUGCCCAUAGUGAAGAGGAAGAUGAAGAAAAAGAGUCAGAAGACCAAAAAAGGAGAAGAAGAAAGAGGAAGAAGAAGAAGCAAGCCCCAUGUCUGGACUCCGGGAAAGAUGGAGCGCCAGUACGCGACGGGUCAGGUCAGAGUCAGGUGCCAGUGGACGAGAGAGGCGAGCAUAUUAGCAAGAACAGGAAGAGAAAGCUGAAGAAGAAGAGGCACAAGGAAAAGUUGCUGUCCUUGGGUCUGAUGCCCCGCGCUGCUGCACUGGAGUUCACCUACAGUAAAGAUGGAGAGGAGGGAGUAAAGGAGGAGAAAGAUGACGAGACAAAGGUUACGGAGCUGUCGGAGUUCCUGUGGACAACACUGGAAAUCUAUAUGUCAGAUGCGUCUCCUAAUAUCAUCAAGAUCCCUCAUCUUUCUGCUACAGUGGACGGCCUUUUAAGGAGUCUGGGUAGCGGCUCUAAGCCGAACUCUGUCCUCAACCAGCUGAACAGUCUUAAAAAAUUAAUUCAACAGAAUGAGGCUGGCGGUGUAGAAAAGGCACUCGUGGAGCUCAACAACAACGCCUAUAUGUCUGCAGAGGAAAUCGACGCUGUUGUUUCCCUGUUCAAAUACUGGAUCACAGAGAUUCUUCCCUUGCAGAGCGACAAAGCAACAAGACUUUCUACAACACAGCAAUAACACCGUCUGAGACAA